AUGCUCGAAAACUUGCAAUUGAAACUCGUCAGUAAUGCAUUGGUCGAACUUGGCCAUGCGAAUUUGGCAGGAUCGUUGAACAAAAAAAUGGCUGCUGCGACCCAAUCAGCAGAAACCAUUGAGCUUAUAGAUCUCAUCGAGAGAUUGUCAAAUGACCAGGAUUACAAUCAGCUUUUGGACCUCUUUGGCGAAAAGUCGCAAUUGUACACUUCCGUUCUUUCAAGGGAGAAGAAGAUCAUUGGCACUUAUAUAGUUCAGCGGUUCAUACUACUUAGGAUGCUACUAGAAAUUCAAGAAGGCGGCAAGAAUUGUACUGCGGAUGAUGCAGAGCUUUUUUUGCUUUCAAAGGUGGUGCCUGCUAGAGAAGCCAUGAAAAAAAUUGGAGCCCCGCUUGUGCCGUUGCAAUUGUCUAACGAAGAAGAUAACUAUCUCUCUGAAUUGAUCAAACACAAUGGCCAUUCUGAUCAAACAAAGUUUCAAGUUUUGGGUUCAGAAGCAUUACUUGUGCCUAUUAAAAGCAACACAUUUCUGGGUGUCUCUACAUCCUAUGGUUGCUUAUCGCUCAUUUUGACCUACCUCUUGCCAGAGGUAAUGGGUCUUCUAUCGGACUCCGGGGCCGAGGACGAGGCUCAAGGGGCAGCAAAUUACACUCUAGUAGAGACAUUCCACGAUGCAUUGCUCUACAGAGUCACACACGCUCCGUUCUAUUUGACUCCUCGGUUAGAUACGUCGUCAGAGAAGCAACUUCUUAAAAAAGUGCUGACCUCUGAGUAUCAAAAUGAAAACCAAUUUCCAAUUCAUAAAUUGCACACAUUAAGAGAUCAUGUAAAUGAAGUUUGGUUUGCAAAGUUUUCACCUUCUGGGCGCUUUCUAGCAACCGGCUCACUUGAUGAAACCUGUAUCAUCUAUGAUGUCGCAGACGAUUUUAACAACAUAGCGGUACUUACUUCACUUCCCGAAGAAGACGAAGCAGUUUUCAAUAACCAAACAUUCAAGCCAGCGUUGAAUAAGAGAAAAGGUGUGGUGUACAUUUCAUGGGAGCCUUACGAAAGGUAUUUGGUCAUUUGCUCGCUAGACACCGUGAUAAGGGUGUGGAACAUUGAGACUUUGACCUCUAAAAAACGAGUUACAAGGUCCAUGGACGACAUGGUUCCGAAACUCUACUCAUGUUUUAGUCUAGGCGAAGGCACUCGCGUUUGGCCUUGUGAAUUCCUUGCGACAAGCAAGGAGUCGACACCAAGAUUCAUUGUGGGAUCUCCCGAUAAAGUGCUCAAAGCCUUCAAUAUUGACGGUCUCGAACUCCUUGAUUUCUACAGCGACACAGAGGAAUGGCAAAAGGUUUUGGAGGAAGAAACGGCCUCAAAUGCUGUCGAUGACGAGCCAGAGAGUUCUAAUCAUCAAAAAAGCAAUGCCAGCCAAUUUGACCGCGUAAAUGAUUUAGCAAUCAGCCCAAACGGAAAGUAUUUGGUAAGUGCGAAUAAUGACAAACAAGUGUUCUUUUACGAGAUACCCGAUCUUACCAAUCCGGUUGCUAUGACAAAUAAGCUUGGUCUGCUCAGCGUAAGUGGCAGAUUGACAUCAUGCAAUUUAUCGGCCAGUGGAAAGUACAUGCUAUUAAGUAUUGCCCCUGAGCUGCUUCAAGUAUGGGACAUUUCACCCCUUGAACAUGGCGAGAAGCCAUUUUUGAAAUCCAUUCUCAUAGGACUCAGUCAAGCUCUGUACAUGAUACGUUCUUGUUUUGGCUACCUCCCUCUUUCAUCAGGAAUGGAAGAGUUGAUUCUCAGCGGUAGCGAUGACGGUUGCAUUUACAUAUGGCGUCUAGAAACCGGCCAGCUCAUAACUAAAGUCCAGGGGCACACAGGUUUGUGCAAUUCAGUUGACUGGAAUCGGUUCUACAACCCGCCUAAGAAUGGCACCGAUUACGGGUCGUAUUGGUGCUCUGUUGGAGAUGACAAAUUGGUACAUAUUUGGGGACCAAAAAAUAGACAGAAGUAG